AUGUUUUUCAUCGGAAGUCUCUUUCGUCUCCACACCCUUGAGAUCUCUCCAUCGCUUCCCGGAGGAAAAACUCAGGUUGUUUUCAGCUUUGGGGUUUUGUCGAUUUCAUCAUUUUCCCCAAUUUUCAGCUCCCGAUUCUUCCCUUCUUGUUCUAAUCUUACCCUUCGAUUCCACCCCACCCUCCUAAUCUCACUGAUUUCUUCAUUUUCAAUGGGAUCUCUUUCUUUAUUCACUGUUUCUUACUCCGGCUACGUGGCCCAAAACCUAGCCACCGCCUCCGGAAAAUCCAAUACAUGCCGAAUUUUUCACGAGGUUUUUUCUCGUCCUCGUAUAUUCCAGAAUCCCGACCGAGAUCCCGUUGCCGGGUACGGUCCGGCAACAACGGCGGGUUCAAGGUGUUCGGUUUCGGCGUAUGCCACUCUCGCAUGUGAUUUUCUUGGCGUUGAGACCUCCUCCAAACCUUCUCCCCUCGUUGUUGGAUUGAUCUCAUUGGUAAAGUCAACGGCUACCAGUGGUGGUUCUGGGGGUUUUGGGAUUUCGCCGUUGAAGGCGUCUUCCAUGAUUCCGUUUUUCCAAGGGUUGAAGUGGCUCCCAUGUAACGAGAUUAACAGUACGGAGGUUGAUAAAGGCGGUACUAGCUCGACGAAGUCCAAUCAGACUACUACUGAUUGCGUGAAAACCUGCAAUGUUGCAAGUACCAAAAUCAUCGUUGAGAGGUACAAUUGGUUUUCAAAACUAUUAAGUGUUUGCUCCGAUGAUGCUAAGGCUGCCUUCACUGCUUUGAGUGUCAGUAUCUUAUUCCGAUCGCAAUUGGCUGAACCGAGAUCCAUCCCCUCUGCAUCCAUGAGCCCUACCCUUGAUGUGGGUGAUCGCAUAAUGGCCGAAAAGGUUUCAUACAUCUUUCGGAAGCCAGAAGUUUUAGAUAUUGUGAUCUUCAAGGCUCCUCCCAUUCUUCAGGGGUCCACUUCCGGUGAAAAACAUUGUCUCUUCUCUACUGUGUUCCGUGAAAUGAUACUCUCCUACAUUAUGCAGCCAUGUUGUAUAAUCUUAGCCAUUACACCUGCAAAUUCAGAUUUGGCAAACUCAGAUGCACUUCAAAUGGAUGGGAUUGUUGAUCCUGAUGUUUUGAAACUUUAUGGAUCAUGGAUCUGUCAUCUGGUAUCAUUCAAGAAGUGGUCAAAGAUCUUCAAAGAUUAUAGAGAUCUGUGGACAGUUGAUAAAGGAGAAAUCAUCCCUCGUAAAAGAAAUACUGCCUAG